GUUUCAUAACAUCAUCCGUUCACUUCCGAAUACCUUUCAAUAAAAGAUGGACGGCCAGGAAUGUAUGGCCUACGCCAUCCUGCUCACCUAUUUCCUCCUCAUAUUUCUAUCAUUCGGCCUCGUCUUCAGAUCGCUCGUCGCCGGAAUACAGCUCGACAAGCUUUUUGAAGGAAAGGCCUUCUUCUUUCUCAGAUCGGCUCUGGGAGCACUGCUUUGCACAUGGUAUUUCAUGAUCCAGUUUAUGAGUUGGUCAUACCAAGAUUUCGCAGUAUACAAUUCACCAAGCACUGUCGGCCAAUGGCUAGCCAACACGGGUUUAUUCGAACAAGCUUGGUCAAUCGUAUGCAACGGCCCCGGGAACUGGUGGUGGUCAAGCUGGAUCUGUACUUGGACCGUCGCGUUCACCGCUAUAGUCUGGUUCGAGAGCGGCCGACGGGGCAUCACGUAUCCUUAUGCCUACAUGCUUCUCGGUCAGCUCGUUGCCAUGUCCGUCGCCACCUCCUUGUUCCUCGUCGCCCUCUCUCUCCACCCGCGUAUCCAUCCUUCCCCACGGACGAUUCCUCUCUACAUCGCGCUGCCCCUCGUCAUGGCGUUUGUCCCGAUAUACUUUUUACCACAGGACGUGGGGACCGGCAGGUUUAUGAAAAUGCUGUUAUGGCUACAUGGUGCCCUCUUUCUCGUACUGACCAGCCCCCCCGCGAGCGGAGAAGACGUCGCGUCUCGCAAAGGUGUAUCCCCCUCUUUUCUCAAUACAGUGUUCAUUGCUCUGGCCGGCGUCAUCCAUAUCCCCGCUACAAUUCGCCUUAUCACCGCCAUUCCCACCGGACAAUCACUCACCUCGUACCUCUACACCACCCUCUUCUCCCACCCAGCCCAAUCAUCCAUCUCCCUCGACGUCGUUUGGGUAUUCCUCAUCCUUUCAAUCUGGUCAGUCCUCUCCGGCUCAUCUCUUUCCCGAUUUCUCAAAUCCACGUUUUUCCUCUCCGGCCUCGGCCUCGCCCUUGUCAACUACACCGGUAUCAACUGGGGCCUUGUCGCAAGUAUAGUCCCCAUGCUUCUCCUUCUUUCCGUUGGCGGCUGUGCGCUGUAUAUCAACAGCCUCCGCAAAACCAACGCCCUAAAGCGCGCCACCCUCCUCGAAAAGAUGGGUAUGCCCGACAACGUCCUCAUCCAUGGCACCACCACAACUCCCCCUUACAUGAGCACCAAAAAAACCAUUGUCGGCUUCUGGCAUCCGUACUGCAACGCCGGCGGAGGCGGGGAACGUGUGCUCUGGGUCGCCGUCCGGUACAUCCAACGCCAAGAGCCUGAUACCCUCGUCCUCGUCUACUCGGGCGACUACCCCACCGCGUCGAAAGAGGAAAUCAUCGGAAAAGUCUAUGAACGCUUCUCCAUCGAGCUCGAUCCCGCUAGACUGCACUUUGUGCCCCUCAAAAAGAGGUACCUGAUUUCAGAUGGUUAUUGGAAGAGGUUCACCUUGUUGGGGCAGUCGUUGGGAAGCUUGGUGCUUGCUUUCGAAGGGCUAUGCGGAGAAGACGGCUUAUGGGGUGAUCUGUUCAUUGAUUCCAUGGGCUAUGCGUUCACUUUUCCCCUCGUUCGCCUUAUCGCCGGUUCUCAGAUCGCAAUCGGCUCCUACACCCACUACCCAACUGUCAGCGCGGAUAUGGUGAAGCGUGUAAAAGCGCGCACGGUGGGGGUUGAGAACGGUGGUGCGGCGAAGAGUUGGGUGAGGACAAAGAUCAAGCUUUUGUACUACCACAUCUUUACGUCCGUUUACUCCCUCUCCCUCCUUUACUGCCAACACAUCCUCACAAACUCCUCCUGGACCCAAGCACACAUCCAAUCCCUCCUCCUCUCCGCCCGCCAAUCCUUUCUAGCCUCCCUCCUUCUCAAGGAUGACCUCACACUAGAAAAACGUAGAGAGAGGGGAGAGCUCCAAGAAGGGGAUGACGCCGGCGAUACCAGGUGUGAAGUAGUGUACCCACCGUGCGAUACUCGAAAACUCUCUUCACUCCCCCUCUCCCUUCCCUCCCCCACGCCUAAAAGAGGUAGAAAGAGGGAAUUUGUGUCUCUUGCGCAGUUCCGUCCGGAGAAGGAUCAUAAAAAGCAGUUGGAGGCCUUUGCGAUUCUGUUGAAGGAACAUCCCGAGAUGAGAGAGGGUGAAGGAGGAGUCAAGUUGGUGAUGAUGGGCGGCGUAAGGGAUGAGGGUGAUCAACAACGGCUGGAGGGGUUGAAGAAGAUUGCCACAGAAUUGAAUAUCGAGGAUAACGUCGAAUUUGUGGUGAGCGCGCCGUACUCUGAAAUUGUACGACGGCUGGGCCAAGCCUCUGUUGGCUUGAACACUAUGAUGGACGAACAUUUCGGAAUCAAUGUCGUUGAAUUCAUGGCAGCAGGACUUAUCCCUGUCGUUCACGCAUCGGCCGGCCCGCUGCUCGAUAUUGUGGUCCCCUUUCACAACCAGCGUACUGGAUUCCACGCCACAACGGCCGCCUCAUUUGCAGAAGCCAUGUAUCAAGCAAUGACAAUGUCAGAUAAGGAGGCGAUGAAAAUGCGAAAGGCGGCAAGACAAGCGGCGGAGGAAAAGUUUUCGGAGAAAAGGUUUGAGGAAGGAUGGGAAAAGGGGUGGAGGAGGUUGACAGGGUUAAUAGGAGGUGUCGGCGUCGGCGAUGGCGAUGGCGAGGGCAGUAAAAUUGCAGGAAACCGGAAAAGUAGGGGUAGCAAGGGAACGAGAGAGAAGAGUUGAGAAAAAGAAUUGGCGAUAGACAGAUGACAUGUAUUACGUUGUGAUAUGGAGACACAACCAGGCCGUGAGAGCACGAAAGUGAUACUUU